CUCCUUCCCCUCCUCCGCCUCCUGUAGUGGCCGCGGCCGCCGCGGCGUCGGCUCCGCAACUUUGCAAGAAAGUUCAGAAACUCCGCUCCGGGGCGCCGGGGCGCGCGCGGCAGCCACCUGGGGAGCCGCGGGGGAGAUCGAGGGCUCGCAGCCGCCGGGGCUUCGCGGUCGCUGCACCUGUCGCGUCCGCCGCCGCCGCUGCCGCCUGGUGCCGGGCGGAGAGCAGACCCGGGCGGCAGCGGCAGGGGCACCGGCAGCGGCAGCGGCUUUAGGGGUCCCCUCCCGUCGCCUGCGUCUUCGCCGGGGUCCCUCGCGCCGCCGCCGCCGCCCCCCCCACAUGCGCGGAGGUUCCUGGAGCGGGAGCUCCAGGCUUCCGCAACAAUUCUCGUAACUUUGCCCCCGUCUUCCUUUCUCCCCACCCCUACUUUUUGCAUAAGGAGGGAAAGUUGUGUCGAAGCUGUCCACCGAUUGCCACCUCCCCAUUAUCCUUCCUUCCCUCCCCUCCCCACCUUUUUUUUUUUAAGCGGCAACAUUGUUCAGUGUUUAUUUUGUUUUGCGAUCGAUAGCUUCCUUUGCUUUGUUGGGGCGGCUGCGGAGCGGCGGAGCGGCGUGGACCUCAUGUAGAAAUGACAACAAUGGAAGGGGCCAGCGGCUCGAGUUUCGGAAUAGACACGAUUCUGUCCAGCGCCAGCUCGGGCAGCCCCGGCAUGAUGAACGGAGAUUUCCGCCCGCUCGGCGAGGCGAGGACCGCGGAUUUUAGGAGUCAGGCCACUCCGUCCCCCUGUUCAGAGAUUGAUACGGUCGGAACGGCGCCUUCCUCUCCCAUCUCGGUCACCAUGGAGCCUCCGGAGCCGCAUCUGGUAGCCGACGGGCCCCAGCAUCACCACCACCUGCACCACAGCCAGCCGCCGCCGCCGCCCGCCGCGGCCCCCGCGCCAAGUUUGCAGCCAUCGCCGCCGCAGCCGCCGCCGCCGCCGCAGCCUCCCGCCCAGCAUCCGGGCUCGGCCGCCUCAGCCCCCAGGACUUCCACCUCCUCCUUCUUAAUUAAGGACAUCCUGGGCGACAGCAAACCUCUGGCGGCGUGCGCGCCCUACAGCACCAGCGUCUCCUCGCCCCACCACACCCCGAAGCCGGAGAGCAAUGCGGCGCACGAGAGCUUCAGGCCCAAGCUGGAGCAGGAGGACAGCAAAAGCAAGCUGGACAAGCGGGAGGAUUCCCAGGGCGACCUCAAAUGCCACGGAACAAAGGAGGAAGGAGACCGGGAGAUUACGAGUAGCCGAGAGAGUCCCCCUGUGAGAGCCAAAAAGCCUCGCAAAGCCAGGACGGCUUUUUCUGAUCACCAGCUCAACCAACUGGAGCGUAGCUUUGAGCGGCAGAAGUACCUGAGCGUGCAGGACCGCAUGGACCUGGCAGCUUCGCUCAACCUCACUGACACCCAGGUCAAGACCUGGUACCAGAACCGCAGGACCAAGUGGAAGCGGCAGACGGCGGUGGGCCUGGAGCUGCUGGCCGAGGCGGGGAACUACUCGGCGCUGCAGAGGAUGUUCCCGUCGCCCUACUUCUACCAUCCGAGCCUGCUGGGCAGCAUGGACAGCACGACCGCCGCCGCGGCCGCCGCCGCCAUGUACAGCAGCAUGUACCGGACUCCCCCCGCGCCCCACCCCCAGCUGCAGCGGCCCCUGGUGCCCCGAGUGCUCAUCCACGGCCUGGGGCCCGGGGGCCAGCCGGCUCUCAACCCUUUGUCCAACCCCAUGCCCGGCACCCCGCACCCCCGGUGAGGAAGGGGAACCGAGGCGUGCGGCAGUCCCUCCCUCGCCUCCUCCCCUACUCGGAAGGCUGCGCUUCCUCUCCCCGCACCGGCCCAGGGCCUCCCCGGCGUCCGCCCGGGAAGCCGAGCGAGAGAGGAAGACACUCAGCCAGGGGCGGGGCCCCCCAGGAGCCAGCCCCCGCGCCCCUCUCCCCACCCCCAGGGACGGGGCUGGAGAGCUCCCACAGCAGCGUGACUGGCGAGAACGCUGACCCCACACAAAGUUCGACCAGUAAGUGAAAACAUCAACAAAAAAAAACGAAACCUCAAGUUCUUUUUUUUUAAAAAAAUGACUUUAGGGAUCAGGGGGAGGGAGGGGGAGGGGCAAGGAGAGAAGCGAGAAGGGCGCGGAGAGCGAACGGCAAGGGCCGAGACCUGCAGACGGACAGACGGCCCGAGGCAGAGGGCGUCACCGUGGACACUCCGUCUGCCCCAGAGAAAAGAGGAGGGUGACUGAGAACUUUGCACUGAUUUCUCAUGACCUUUUUUCUUUUGGAAAAGUGGCAUGCUCCAUAAUAUGGAAAAAAAAAGUGUACAUUGGAAAGACCGAGUGAUAAGUGAUAUAUCAUAUUUAUUAUAUGUUGUCCAAAAAAGAGUCACUUAUAUACGUUAGUAAAAUAUGAUUUUCCUUUUCAUGUCUUUUUGAUUCAGUAAAAUACAUGCUUAGACAAGAAUAUAGAUUUUUUUGUGAUUGAAAAUGACAAAAAAUAAAGUUUAUCUUUUUUUAACAA